UGUAGAAAGUGACCUGCAAAAAGAAAAUUGGGAAGACAAGCUUGAAGAACCAUCUAAAGUGAUAUUAGAGAAGAACAUAGUAGCUGGAGGAAGUACUUACACUGAAGAUUUUGAGAGAGAGGAUCCUUCUGAAAAGCAUGAAGAGUGUUUUGGCAAGAGCAGAGAAGUAGAUAUCAUCCAGAAUCAAACAACGUCUAGAAUGGCCAGUGGAGACUUAAGUUCUAAACCGGAGAGCUUAAUCACUGAGUAUAUACAUGAUGAAUUGACUGAAAAAAAUGAAGUAACUGAAGAAAUUCCCAAAUCAGCAUGCGAUGAGCAGACCCAAGCAACCAUCAAUACUAGCACUGGUAAAGAAGUUGAUGGCAGUGAGCUGUCUCAGACCCUUGAAUUUGUAUCAAACUCAGUUCCUGAAGACAAGAAUCAAGAAUUCAUCAAGCAAGAGGAAUUCUCACAGAAUGAUAAUUUACCAGUUGAUUGUGUUCUCAAAGACAUGACACCUGAAAUAGCUGGGACAAAUGACAGCAAAGGAAAUGCUGAGAAUGAGGUUAUUCAAAACAAGGAUAUUGAAGAACCUAACAAUUACAUAUCAGUUGAAGAAAAAAUACAUGGUGAACACGGUCAUGAGAAUGGAGAAGACUCCACUUCUUCCAGGGAAGAUAGGAUUAAUCACACCACAUGUACCAAGGAUAAAAUAGAAGUUGAUGUUUCCGGAAAGAAGAAAGAAACUGAGCAGUUCAACAUUAUCCCAGAAUCACCAGAAAACAAAUGUCAAAAAGCUACAGAUGAAUCUGAUGACAUAAAGAUCGAUGAUUCAACAAAUGAUGACAAUUCAAAAAUAGUGAUGCCUGGAUUUUCUGAUAUGAAAGAAGAUGCCGAAAAUGCAAUGAAGAAUGAUGAAGCAAUUCUGAACAAAAUUGAAGAUGGUUGUUCUGAUGGCCAUACCGUUGUGCUAAAAACACCUGAACAGAUUGAUGAAUGUGAUGACUCUAAAGCUGAGUUUGGAGAACAGAUGGACCAAGCUUUCAAUGACCAAGGCAAUACUAUCUAUAAAGAAAGUGCUAAUACUGAGGAACUCAAAGACGUUACAGAAUCUCCAAAGAACCAUAAUCAAGGGAAAGUUACCGAACCGAAAUUUACAGACAACUCAGCUCAUACUGGUUAUAUUGACAAAUUGAUUCCUGAUACUCUUGGUCAUUAUGAUCAUCCUGAAACUGCGAAGGCAAAGGAUGAGGAUGUCAUGGAGAAGGAAAGUGGGGAUGGUUCUGAUGCUUCUGCAUUGGUUGCUGACAUAGGAUAUGGCAGAGUUAGUGAGAGGCGUGAAGAUGUUCAUCAAAUAACUAGCAGUGAAGACAACAAAGUUGUGGUGCAACAGGAAAAGGAACACCUAGAUACCAACUCGGAACUAAAACCUGACGACCAGCGACAAGGCAUUGAAUGUGAAGCAGAAAGCACUGAGGUAGAGAAGGCACUGGACCCAGAUAAAGAUACAAAUAGUUCAGCCGUAAGAGUAGAAGAUUCCAGUGAUGCAACAUCAGAAUCAAACACAGAAGAAACUAUGGUAGGAGACAAUUGUGAAUUAGAUCAUAAACAAGAACCUACCAACAUGUUUGAUAUUAGAGAAAAGGAUGUACCUAAGAAAGAGGAAGCUGCAGACAAUAUCGUUGAAAAAUCUUUAAGCACAGAGAAUAUGAACUCUGCUGAAGUUAUUAGUGAAAACCAAAUAGAAGAGAAGAAUGAUGAAACAACCAAUGCCAACUCAGAAGUUCUUGGCUAUGAAGAGAAGCAGAAGUUCAAGGAAGCAUCUGAUGGAGAUGACAACACUAAGAAUGGAAUUGUAACUGAAGAGGAUAAAGUAUCUGGCACAACAGCUGUCAGACAGGAGUCAGAACCUUUGAUAGAGACUGAAACUAUUGAGGCCGAAAUAUCAGGACGUGUUGAUCAGGUCAUGAAGGUUGAUGCAUACGAAUAUCAAGCUUAUGAGGAAAAGGAUGAAUGCAAAGAGAGUACCAACUUAAGCAUAGAGAAAAGCAUUAAGAACGAAAAUGAUGAGAAGACGAGCAAUGUUCUUGAUGACUUAUCUGUCAAUGCAACAGCACCUGAUUCACCAGCAUAUAGAAACUUACAAGCAGAUGAGACAGAUCAAACAACUAAAGAAAACUACAGGACAACAGAGGGGAUUCCGAGUGAAGAGGAACAUAAAUGUGAAGAUGGAGAAGAAAAGGACAAGGGAAUCAUAACCAUCAGCAAUCAUAAUAUAUUUGAUAUUCCUGCACUAGAUGAAGAAAGUGAACAAGUAGAAACUGAACAUGAAAAAGCUGAUGAUUCAUCAUGCGAAGAACAAGAUGGAGAAGUAUCCAGAUCAAACUUGAUGGUACAGGAGGUUGGUGAACUAAAAGAACCUGAUGAAUUGGCCAAUGAAGCUGCAGCAGAAAUCAAUGACCGGAAAAAGAAUGAAGGAGAAUACGGUCCAAAGAAAGAGGAAGCUUUCGAUGCAUGCCCAGCAGAAUCAUCCAACACCGGCUUCAACGAACGUAAAGCAGCUGAAGUCGAAUAUUUAUCACAACAACCAACAGAGAAAGAGGAAGCCAUUGAUGGCACCACUGAAGAGGUUACAGAUGCUAAGUCCAUAUCUCAAAUAGAUACAGAAACAAUGGGUGAUACCUUAUAUGCUAAGAAGAUUUCACUUGACAAGGAAAUGCAAGAUGCCUCUGUAGUAGUUCCUGAGGAGAGAAUACACAUUUUGCCAGAAGAUAACAGCAUAAGCGCUGUUACCAAUCAUGCAAGCGAAGAACAAAAAAACCAGACAAGCUUACCGAAAGAGGAAGUGGAAGAUAAGGUACAAGAAAAUCAAAAUGAAAUACAGACAGAGCAGAAAUCCCAUGAAUUAAGUGAUGCACGUGAGGCCAAGAAGAAUGCAGAAUUUAAAGAUGAGGAAAGUACACAAUAUGACUCAAACGAAGAAAAGUUGGAGGCUCCAGGGUCAGAAAAAUCCCCUCAUAUCAUCCUUGAGAAUCUUGAAGCAACAAUUGUAGCUGAAGAUAUUCAUGAAAAUGAAACCUAUAUACAAAUUAUGGAAAUUAACAAUGAAGAGAAGUUCAGGGAAGAUGAAGACAUGAAGCUCGUGGAAUCAGCAAAUGAAUUAGAAUUGGGAAGCCUAAGUAGCAAGCUAACUCAAGCUGCUAAGAGGCAAAUUCCUAGUGAAGAGGGUCCGACUGAUGAUUUUGCUAAAGCCGAUGAACAUAAUGAAGGAAACCAUUGCAAGCUGGUUGGUGAGUUGCCUGUUACGCAUGAGCUGGCACAAGAACGCACAGAUGUGGAAGGAGAAGGAGCUCACCAGCAAAAGGAGAGUGUGGACCUUGAGACCAAUGGAAACCCUGAGCAAAGUGACACUGUUGCUGCACACGAUAAGGAAAUAGUAAAGAGAAGUGAACCAUUAAACAUAAAGUUGCAGAAAGAUGGGGAACUACUCAUGCAGCAUGAAGAGUCCUCAAACACAAUACAAGAACCAUUAAACAUAAAGUCGCAGCAUGGAGAAAUACCCAGAUCAAGCUUGAUGGUACAAGAGGUUGGUGUACAAGAACCUGAUGGACUGACCUCUGAAGUUGUAGCAGAAAUCACUGAACAGAAAAAGAACCAAGGAGAACAUGGUCUAAAGAAUGAGGAAGCUUUCGAUGCAUGCCCAGCAGAAUCAUCCAACACCGGCUUCCAUGAACCUAAAGCAGCUGAAGUUGAACAUUUAUCACAAAAAUCAACAGAGAAAGAGGAAGCCAUUAAUGGGACUGAUGAAGAGGUUAUAGAUUCUAAGUCCAUAUCUCAAAUAGAUACAGAAACAAUGGGUGAUACCUUAUAUGCUAACAAGAUUUCACUUGACAAGGACAUGCAAGAUACCUCUGCAGUAGCUCCUGAGGAAAGUGAAUUUUUUUAUGUUAAACAGGUUACAAAUUCUAAGGCUGUUACGAAUCAUGCAAGCAAAGAAGAACGAAAAAACCAGACAAGCUUACCGAAAGUGGAAGUGGAAGAUAAGGCCCAAGAAAAUCAAAAUAAAAUACAAACAGAGCAGAAAUCCCAUGAAUUAAGUGAUGCAAGCGAGGCCAAUGAGAAUGCAAAAUUUAAAGAUGAGGAAACUACACAAAAUGGCUCAAAUGAAGAAAAGUUGAAGGCUCCAGAGUCAGAAAAUUCCUCUCAUGUCAUCAUUGAGAAUCUUGAAGCAACAACUGUAGCUGAAGAUAUUCAUGAAAAUGAAACCAAUAUACAAACUAUUGUCAAUAAAGAGAACUUCGUGGAAGAUGGAGACAUGAAGCGUGUGGCAUCAGCAAAUGAAUUAGAAUUGGGAAGCCUAAGUAACAAGCUAACUCACACUGCUGAGGGACAAAAACCUAGUGAAGGGGGUCCGACUGAGAAUUAUGCUAAAGUCGAUGAACAUAAUGAAGGAAACCACUACAAGGUGGUCGGUGAGUUGCCUGUUAUGCAAGAACUGGCACAAGAAAGCACAGAUGCGGAAGGAGAAGUACCUCAUCAACAAAACGAGAGUAUGGACCUUGAAACCAAUGGAAAUCCUGAGCAAAGUGACAGCAUUGCAGCACAUGAUGAGGAAAUAGCAGACAGAAGUGAACCAUUAAACAUAAAGUUGCAGAAAGAUAAAGAAGAACUCAUGCAGCAUGAAGUGUCCUCGAAUGCAAUGCUUGGGAGCCAAGAAAUCACUAAUGGAAUAGCGAGUAUUCAGAAGGAUAUCAUACCUGAAGAGGAUGCAGUUGAAGCCGCCCAUGAACAGAUUCUGGAGGAAGAGUCUAAAGACAAGAAAAACAAUGAAGUGACAGUUGAUACAGUUUCAGAUGAUGAGGUUAAAGAGUAUGAUUCAAAACAAAUCAUCAUAGUGAAGGAUUCAGCAGAGAAUCUUGACACUUCAUCCUCUAUUGCAUCACUAGCUGAGGAAGCGAAACAGGAAGUAGGUGAGAAGUUCAGCGAGAUAUCUGAUCAUCAGCCCGGAGAAUAUGAGAAGGAGGCUUCAGGUGUCACUGGAACAGAAGCAGAGUUUUCAAAGGAAAUGACAAGCGGUGUAGAAAAGCCAAACGUAGUUGAGCAGCUUACAUUCAGUUCUGCUGAUUCAAGAGCUGCUUGUGAUACAUAUGUGAAAGGUGAAGACUUCUAUGUCGCUGAGACUUCACGUUUAGAUGACAUUUGCAAAGAAGAAAGACAAGAGAUAAAAGAAGUUUCAGACCUGGAACCCAAAGAAGUAAGUGAACAAUCUGUAAUGCAAGAGCCACAAGUGAAUCAACCAGAAGUAAUAAUGGAAACAGAACAACCAACAGAAAAGGCCAGUCUCGAAAUUGAAGAUAACUUGCCUGUAUCACAUUUUCUGAUGAAGUAUAUAUUACAAGAAGGAGGUGAAAAAGUUGGUGGAGAUUAUGAUGGGCAACAUGAAGAUGCAAUGGACAAGAAUAAUGAUGGAGAUAAGAAGAAUGAUGUACAGCUAAUCAAAGAACAAAGCAAGUCUGAAGAUAAAGUAGGCUUCGAGAAGCUUCAAGGCAUUCCAGAAUCAGUUCAAACAGAAGAGAGCUAUGAUGUGAAGGAGAAGUCAGAAACUACAGUUGUUAAGCAUGAUAAAAGUCUACAAAGUACUGUUGAUGAGUCAACAUCAAUAACGACAAUGACUGAGGAUGGAAAGGAAGAAAUCAAGACAAUAUCACCUGUAAAAUCAAUUUAUAUUGAUGAAGAUUGCAGCAACAAAUUGAUACCUGUAGAGAAAAGCAUCCAAGGAACCUCUGUGGAUAGUGAAGACUGCAGAGAGCCUGAUUCAGCGCAGGAUGAGAAAAUUCAAGGAACUGUUCUCAAAGACACCAUAACAGAAAUGGAAAUUCAAAAGCACAAUGAAACUCAGGACAAAGAUUUUGAUAUUUCAGUUCAGGACAAUGUCUUGGAAAAGGAUAGUUUACAGAAAGAAAUUGGUGAGGACAGCAGGGGAUGCUUGCAGGAUAGAGAAAAGGUUAAAGGUGCAUGUGUGGAAUCUGAUGGCCUAUCAAUCAAGAAUGAGCAUAACAAUGCAGAAGCUUUUGAAAUUACGUCAGAGGUUAAAAAAAUAAAAUGUGGUGAAGAAAAGCAUGAUGUAGGAAACCAAGAGCAAUUUUUGAAGAAUAGUUCAGAGGAGAAGCUGAAACUAUCUGAAUCCCAAUAUGAUCAAGAAGUUGAUCGUGUAACUGAAUCUAGCAUUCAUUCUCUAAAGAUGGCUGAAACAUGUUUGAAGAACGACAACUCGGAAGCCAGCUUAGAUAAAGAGCAGCUGGAGACAACAAAUUCCAAGGUAGAAGAAAACAAUAUAGAUGAAGAGACAUGUGAAACGAAAGAGGAAGAACAAAAACCAGAGAAAACUGGUCUCGAUGAAACAGGUUUGGCCUACACCAUUAAUGAUCAUGUACUUGGAGAAAUCACAGGAGUGCAGUCAGAAGGGAAACAAGUAGAAGACUUUGAAAAGGUACAAGAAGCAACAAAUCAAAAUCAAGUGCAAGUGGGUAAUGACACAACCAAAGAAAUGAAACUAGCUGAGUCACUAGAAGUUCAGCAAUUAGAUCUUGCAGCAGACUCUUCUACUCAACCAGAGCAGAUGGCUGAAAAGAGUUUGAAGGAAGGAAGCUCUGCAGUCAACGCAGAUGAAAACUACCCUGCACAGACAACAGAUACCAAGGUAGAUGAAGACAAAACGGAUGCCGAAAAAGAUGGAAAGGAAGAUGAACAGGAACAUAAUCCAGAGGAUUAUGAUCAUAAUGCAGAAAUAAAAGUGGAAGAUAGGGAUGCAGAGUUGAAGCCCGCACAGAAAAAGUCUCAUGGUCUAUUAUCAGGUGUGGGAUCAAAGGUCAAGCAUUCAAUUGCAAAAGUAAAGAAGGCAAUUACAGGUAAGUCCUCCCACUCAAAGACACUAUCAGCAAAAUGAGUAUCAUUUAUGAAGGUCAGUUCUUGAUGUGGUAUAAUCAUGGCCCAUGCUUUAGUAAGAUUUUUUUCUAUCAUUACAAGUUAAGCGUGAUUGAGUGCUGAUAUUUUUUUUCUAAGUGCUUGUGGGAGUCUAUGCCCUUUUCUGUACAAAGAUAAAGAAAGACCACGUUUCUCAUAACAUUCCCUCUGGUAUUUUGUGCCGUGAAGUUUGUAAUGCCACUAAACAGUAUGUGAAUAUAUGUGUGCUUUAUAUGGUUUUUCUUCUUAA